AUGCCGGCCAAUGGGACGGAGCACCCAACCCAUCAUGAACUGAUCGCUGUCGAGACUUUCCCAGCCAGCAACAGUACUGCGACUGCCUUGCAAUCUCCACAAGUCCUCGUCGUCGACUCUUCCUCCUCCUUGGGUACUCCACCGUUGGUGCAUUCCACAAAGAAACAAAGAGUAUCAGCAGCAGCAGCAGAGAAUGAGUCGGAUCAAUCUCAGACCUCUCAACAGGCGGUCCUUGAUCUGGAGACUUUCUUGAACGAAGUGACAUCCGAUUCGGAACAACCCAGUGUGAUGAAGGACCAACCCUUUGCCUCUUUGUCCCUGACAGCAUCAGAUGCCCAACGAGCAACAGAGCUCUUGUGGAAUCAUCAUGUUCAAAAACUCAAGACCGAACGCGCCACAGAGAUUGCCAAUCAAGAAGUGACCGUUCCAAAGAAGAAGAAUGGUGCCACAAUCACCAUGAAGUACUUUUGCAAAAUCUAUCACCCAUCCAACAGCAAUACUACUUCUGUCAACAACAACAAGAUGCCCCUUUUUAUUGGACUCCAUGGUGGUGGAGGAUGUCCUGCCCCAAUCAACGAUCAGCAAUGGGAGAAUCACAAACGCAUCUAUCAAUGUGCUUACCAAGCCCUUGCCGAUCAGACACAGGAACCACUCUUGUACGUGGCACCCAGGGCUCCCACCAAUAAUUGGAAUCUAUGGCACGAACCCCACAUGGAUCUCUUGUUGGAUCGAUUGAUUGCCAACUUGACAGUCCACUAUGCAACUACUACAACUGACUCCACAUCAUCGUCCUGUACCAUCGACACCAACCGCGUCUACAUUUCGGGAUAUUCCGCCGGUGGCGAUGGGAUUUACAUGCUGGCACCGCGCAUGGCCGAUCGAUGGGCUGCGGCAUCCAUGAUGGCGGGUCAUCCCAAUGGUGUGUCGCUGCGAGGAGUCUACAAUCUGCCCUUUUCCUUGCACGUGGGAGGCAAGGAUGACGCAUACAACCGCAAUCAAGUGGCACGCGAGUACAAGCAAAAGCUGGAACAGUGGCAAGAGCAAGAACAAGAAGAUGGCUACCAGCAUAUUGCAGCGCAAGUCUACGACGACAAGGGUCAUUGGUUGGGAGAUGUCGAAUCACCCUUUAUUGGGUGGAUGGCCCAGCACAAGCGCAAUGCCAACCCAGAGACGGUGGUGUGGGAUUCCGGCAGUGCCCGACACGAUCGAUUCUACUGGGUGUUACGACACGAACCUCCACCAAAACGGUCGGGUGGAGGAGAAGUUUGCGUCACUCGGAGCACUACUACUGGUAGUUCUGGGACGACGGUUGUCACGAUUGAUUUGACCAAGUGCCCUCGUCCCCAAGAGGUGGGCAAGUUGACACUGCGAUUUUCAGAUGAUAGUAACAGCGACAAUCAUCUUGAUUGCGACAACAGUCCAGUUGUCGAAAUCCAUGUACGAGAAAAGGACGACGACGGAUCCACCCGACAACGCCUCCUCCAAAAGGAGCCUCUUUGCCGGACCAUUGCGACUCUGCGCCAAACGCUACAAGAACGUGGAGACCUCAAUGGCAUCUACAGUGCGCAAGUCACCGUGGAUGUCAGCCGAAAUGAAGCAGCGGCUACUGGCGGUUCCAAACCUAAAUUGCGAGGGAGCCAAAAGCAAAUUGCCGGGUAA